CUGCUGCAACUGUCAUCGCGCUGCACCAAAAUAACACUUCUCUUUUCCUUUGGAAUAACGAAAAAGCGUGUAAUAUUUCAUAAGGAUGAUAGAAAACGUAUGAACAGUAAUAUUCUGGGCUGUAUAACUGUGGAAGUCAUGUUGGACUGAUGGAUUGUGUAAAAACAGCAAGGACAUGCAGGUCAGCCGCCUCACCACGUAAGAGAAGCAAACGAUGGAGUCGUAUCGUGGCAGUUGUCUUGUUUAUAGCUUGCGGUUUGGUGAUCAAAGCAGCAGCGAGCAGCUUGACUUUUUUUGAAGUUGACGUCCCAUCUUUCACUUCCCGUCAUCUCCUAUCAACAGUGGAAUGGGAAAAGUGUGACUUUGAAAUAGGCCACACAAGGAACUAUUCUGCACCAGAUUCGUGGACAACUGUCAAGACUGGCUAUGCAUGGGCAGCUUUGUACUUUGCUGGUAUUUUGUGGAUAUUUAUUGCCCUAGCUAUUAUCUGCGAUGACUUCUUUGUACCUUCGCUGGAAGCUAUUUCAGAAAAGCUUGACCUUUCUGAAGAUGUUGCCGGAGCAACAUUUAUGGCCGCUGGAUCGUCUGCACCAGAAUUGUUCACUUCAGUCGCUGGGGUAACUGUGGAAAGUGAUGUUGGUGUAGGAACAAUAGUAGGAAGUGCAGUAUUCAAUUUGUUAGUGAUCAUUGCCUUGACUGCAGCCUUCUCGACACAGGCACUCCAUUUGGACUGGCGACCAAUGCUUCGAGAUGGAGUUUCCUACGCCCUAUCAAUAGGAUUUUUCAUACUUUUUGCCUGGGAUGGCGUAUUUGAAUUUUACGAAGCCCUUAUUCUAUUGAUACUUUACCUAUUAUAUAUUGUCUUGAUGAAAUUCAACCCUCGUCUUAUGGAUUUUUUAGCUGAGAUUGGACCAAAGGGAGGACAAGUAAGUCCUCAUCGCACCGAAGUGCGUACUACAAGUGAUGCAGAAUCUUUAGUUACCGAGCCCGAGGUAACCACUCUACAAGGCAGUCAUGGGACACCGGCAGGAAAGCUUCCACCCCUCAAGAAAGAGGAAGGAGGUCGUGGAAGCGACGAAGCAAUAGAACACGUACCUGGAAGACGCUUUUCUCAUGUUCAUAAAGGAGAGCUUGCAUCGUCAUUUCUAAAUCUACCAGUUCGACGCAGUCAGCAUGACAUGCCUCGUCUUUCAGUCUCUUUCCCAAUUCUCAGACAAUCACGAUCUCAUAAUGAUAUUGAACAGAUUCACACCAGACGAGGAUCCUCAGCGCAUUGCGAGCACAUUCGAAUAAAGUCCGUGGCACAAGGACAAAUACAACGAGAGAUGAGAAAACAAAGUACAUUUUGUCACCAAGCGCCAAUCGCAGUAACCCCAGUUAUGCCACUCGACGCAAAUGGGAAUGCGACAAAUGUUGAUAAUAAAGGUUCUCGACCUCAGUCAGCCGAGGUGCGCAUCAUCGACAACAAUCARUUAGAAGAGGACGACGAGCCAAAGAUUCGAGUUUGUCCCUGUCUCCCUGGGAUUGCCGCUGAAACCCCCGAGUAUCCAUCCGAGAAACGAAUCUGUCUUUCACCGACGAAAUUCAUUUUGAGCUGGAUUCUGUUUAUUCUUGGUUUCCCAUUCAUGUGUUUAUUUACCUGGACGAUUCCAGAUUGYUCUAAGCCCCACAAUCGAAAGUUUUUCUUAGUGUCAUUCUUUGCAUCUAUCAUAUGGAUAGCCAUACUAAGCUUUGGCAUGGUGACUYUGGUUGGCCGCUCAGGAUGUAUUCUUGGUGUAGACAAGUUUACUAUGGGCCUAGUGGUCAUUGCUAUUGGAACUAGCGUUCCGGACGCUCUCAGUUCUAUACUUGUUGCUAGGGAUGGCUUUGGAGAUAUGGCUGUAUCGAACGCCAUUGGAUCCAAUGUAUUUGAUAUCGACCUCGGUCUUGGCUUACCAUUCGUUAUUAGAAUACUGAUUGACAAGAUGAAACCCAUUUAUAUGCUAAGCGACACUGAACAGGAACUAUUUUCUUCAGGUGAGAUUAUCAUGGUUUCACACGUGAAGUUUGGAUUUUUACUUCUUCUAAUUCUCCUUAUUGCCAUUCUUUUGGUGGUUAUGUUCAAGUUCCAACUUAGUCGGAAACUUGGAGCGUCAUUUGUAGUACUGUAUAUAUUGUUUGUUGCUUACGCUUACAUUCAAGAUCUUUAUUGUAACUAUGACUGUUGAGUUUCAAAAACAAAAACUUUCUUACAUCUCUGAUAUGAUUGAAUUARGUUAACGUAAAAAAAAGAUUUAUUUAUUAAUAUUCCAUUGUAUUAAAGCUUUGUGGGUUGUUCUCACUUUUAUAAUGCUUUCUUUUCUAAAAAAAUGUGUAAUUAAUUUUGUGAACCUAGGCUCCAGUUGACACAAAUUUGAUAGCAAAUAAAGUUGGGAAGAGCUAUUUUGAAA